AUGAAUUCCCCACGUGACCUAUUCCAUACAACUAUGGUCAAUUACUGCCCUGAUUGGGAUUUCAGAGACUCAAAUUCAAUUCCGCCUGAAAUGGGCCUGGAUUGUGAAACUGGUAAAGUCAUUAUUCAUCUGUCCCAACCACCAAUGGCCAGGACAAGUGAAGAUAAGAGCCAGGAAAUAAUUCACCCACUGUGUAAUGCUUAUGAUGAGGUUUUUUCAUCGGCCCAACAAAUUGAUGCUGACAUUAAUUUUCCCAGCAAAAAUCCAAAAUUCUGCGCUAAAUUUUAUGUCUGCAGUGGUGCUGCAGUUUCUCGCGAGAACCAAGAGAGCUUCUUGCGAGAAGCUAUUGUGAACCCCGCUUUGAAGACAGUUUUUAUGAAGCCAACAAGAGUGGUUCAAACUCCGGUGCCCCUGCACCUAUCAUCAACCCCUGAUCCUCAAAAGAAACCAGAUCCCAAGAUUGGUGCAGCAUACAACCACUCUCCCUUGGGACUCACAAAGCUCCCCAAGCAGAGGCCAACAUUUCAGCCAGAAGAGAACCAAUUGCUUCUUGAUUUCAUAGAAUCGGAACCUGCUGGACAAAUCACUAAUUCCAGUUGGAAGAAGGUGGCAGCUCUGAUCAAUGAAAAAUUCAAGCAAAUCCACACUCUUAAACGUAGAGCAAAAGAUUGCAGGGCACACUACAAUUAUCUCAAAGGAGGCCUGGACUCAUAUAAACAGUUGGCCUUUGGCCAAGGGAAAGUUGCAGAAUCUUGGACUGCCUAA